GCCUUCUAGAAGCGAACAGCGCGUGAAGCCGUAAUGGACGAAAAGAAGUGAUUACCAGCUGAAAGAUUGUGAAAGUGAAGUUUAAGUCUGCGUAUUUCGUAAAAUAUCUAUUCAGACCUGCAGGCUCGAUAGAAUGACAUAAAGCUUUUUAAAGCGAUGUUUAAUGUAUUGCUUCUAUUUUCAAAUAUAUUAUUGAGAGCACUGCCAUAGUACUAAUUAAAAUAAGAAAUGUCUUAUCCUGGCCAACCUCCAAUGGGAAUACCAGGCAUGCCACCUAUGCCUUACAUUGUUGGUGCACCUCCGCCAAUUAUAGGUGGUGUAAUGCCUAUGGCACAUAUGAUUCCAACACCCGUAUCUGCGAUGCAGACCUCAGCUCCAGCUGUACGGUAUGCACGUAACCAGAAUCGUCAUGACAAUAAUCGACGGCGUGAGAGAGAAUCUGGUCCACCAGUUACUGUGUUUAUUGGUAACAUUAUGGACCGAGCACCAGAUGUGAUGAUUCGACAUAUCCUGGGUGCAUGUGGCCAUGUUCUUUCAUGGAAGAGAGUCCAAGCAUUUGGAUUUUGUGAAUAUGCAGGUCCUGAUGCAGGUCUUAGAGCAGUUAGACUACUUCACGACAUGGAAAUAGGCACCAAAAAGCUUGUUGUGAAAGUCGAUGCAAAAGCUAAAGUUGUUCUGGAUCAAUUUAAAGCGGAAAGGAGAAAAAAAUUAAGAGGGGGUCAGUCUCCUUUACAGGAUGAAACUUCUACAGAAGGUACAGAAGGAGAAGAAGGCGAAGAUUAUAUGGACGAAGGUAUGAGAGUAGUGGAUGCAGAUGCACUAGCCCGUAUAAAUCAAAUCAUAGCCGAACAUGCUGCCGAUUUGGAAAUGGCUCAAGUUGCCCCUGAGGAACAUCAAACAAAAAUGGUUGCAAAGUCGUUGAACUUGGAUGACGCAGAAAUAGAAGAAAGUAAAAGAGACUUGAUUACACGGGAAAUUGGAAAAUUCAGGGAGGUCAUGAAGAAGCAGGAAGAGGAGAAGGCCCAAGUGAAACGGAAGAAAGAAGCAGUGGAGAAGGAAGAACGGGAGAAACGUGAAAAGGAGCGACGGGAUAGGCGAGAUGGUAGCAAUGCUAAAGAUGAGCAAGACGGUGAUCCUGGUAGUCCAACGUCUCACAAGGGCCGUAGUAGUAGUACAGGAAGUAGUAGAAGGGACAAAAGGCGGUCUAAAUCCAGGUCCAAAGAAAGAGAUAGGGACCGCCAAAGGAAUGACAGAGAUCGUGAUAGAGACAGAGAUCGGGAUAGAGACCGAGAAAGGGAACGGGAAAGAGACCGCGAUCGCGAAAGAGAACGUGAACGAGAACGUGAGAGAGAUAGAGAACGGGAAAGAGAAAGGGAAAGAGAAAGAGAUAGGGAACGAGAAAGAGAACGUGAAAGAGAGGAGGCGAGAAAGACCGAGCGAGAAAUUAUGCGCGAGAGGGAAGAAGAGGAGGAAGCCAAGGAAAGAAAGAAAAAUGAAAGACGAGCAAGAGAAAAGGAGGCGGCUUAUCAAGAGCGUCUCAGAGAUUGGGAAACCCGGGAACGUCGUAAACAAAAGGAGUAUGAAAAGGAAGCUGAAAAGCGUCGAGGGAAACGGGAAGCACGCGAAAGAGAGGCGAAACGGUUGAAAGAAUUUCUUGAAGACUACGACGAUGAUAGAGACGAUGCUAAAUACUAUAAAGGCAAAGAACUGUCGCGUCGUUUGGAAGAGAGAGCCGUUGAAGCGGAAGCCGACUCGCGGGAUCGUUAUGCGGAGCGACAGGAGCUCAAAUGUCUACGCGAUAAACUUUAUGCUGAUGCUUCUCAUCCAGACCCAGCGGCUGAAUUCGAAAGAUUGAAAGCCGAAAGAGAAGAGCAGUACAAGCCUAAGCCAGUAAUUACGAUAAUUGACGAAGAAGAUGAGAAAGUAGUGAAAAAGGAAAAAGAAGUUAUGCCACCUAUAGAAACUGAGCCUAUAGAAAGUGAUAGUGAUGAGUGUGUGCAAUUUGAUGAUGCUUCUCAGACGGAAGCACCAUCCAGGACUCCCCCAAGACAUCAUCAUCAUCACCGAAGGCAUCAUCGUCAUCACCAGAAUCAUCAUCACGACGGCGAUGAGAAUGAGGAAGUUGUAGAGGCGGAUAGAGAAAGUGUGAAGUGCACGAGAUCGUCACCUUCUCAUCAAGCAGUCACGCCGUCAACUCAGUCUAUUCCACCUACAUUAGAUGAAGAUUCUCGGAUGUCUCUUGUUAGUGAACCAGAAAAAACGAGUAGUAGUAAUUUUGUACCGUUUGCUAUGGGAAGUGGAGGCAAUCGUGGAGGUGAUCAUGGCGUCGGUAACAAAACUCCGGCUAGUCCAAGUGCAGCUGUCAAUGCUAAUUCACAACAGACAAAUCAAACGAGAAAAAAAGGUCGAAUCGAUGUCAAGGACGUGUUUAACAAUGACGAUGACGACGACGGUGCUAAUAACGCGAAGAAGCGCAAACUAGUUCCUUUAGAUUAUGGUGAAGACAAAAAGAAGAAGUCUACAGAAGAUGCUCCUAAGCCUGGCAAAGAAGAAAGUACAAAGAGUCAAGAGGAGAAACGGAAGCAUAUAAAGUCUCUUAUUGAUAAGAUUCCUACUGACAAAAACGCUUUAUUCGGAUAUCAGCUUGAUUGGGCUGUAAUAGAUAAUACGUUAAUGGAGAAAAGGAUAAGGCCAUGGAUAAAUAAGAAAAUUAUUGAAUAUAUCGGAGAACCUGAACCUACGUUAGUGGAUUUUAUUUGUAGUAAAGUAAUGGCUGGUAGUUCUCCUCAGGGCAUACUUGAUGAUGUACAGAUGGUAUUAGAUGAGGAAGCGGAAGUGUUUGUAGUCAAAAUGUGGAGGUUAUUAAUAUACGAAGUGGAAGCUAAGAAAAUGGGCUUAGUUAAAUAAAUGGAAUAACAAUUAAAAUACUAAUCGAUAUAAAAUUUAUACUACACAUCAAAUUCCUUUGGUUAAGAUGUAAUAUUUAGGUUAUAUACUGAUAUACAAUUACCUAUGUAUAAUUUGUAGGAUUCUCCGCUAGAUGAAAAACAUGAUGUUGCUCGAUUGAUAGGUAACCUAAAUGUGUAGUAAUUAAAAUGUUAAAUACAAAUUGUAAUUACACGAUUUAUAAUUUGAGUUAUAUAUUACUAAAUUUGCUUAUCCAUGAAUAUAGAAGAUCUCUUUUGUUUCAAGCUGCGUCGAUCUAAUACUUUUUGACAUUUUUACGGAUACACAUGCAUAGGGCUUGUAAUUGUAAACCAAUCAGAUCAAGCAUCUUUGAUAAUUAGUUACAUCUUACAUCCACUUUAGAUAGGAUUUUAUAAACUAAUAGAAUGAACGUACUAUUCUAAUUUCACUCAUCGUAUAUUUUGUAUAUAUACAUACUUGACCAUAAAUCAUGGGAGAUUCAGUUACAGUAAAUACGAUUACUUAUUAAAGUACUUGUAAUUUUUUAAUUCAAGAUAUUUCUGUUGUGCAUUGUGCUAAAUAAAUUGAUUUCAUAAUAAAUAAAUUAAUUGUUAUAAAAAAUCGA